UUCUGUUUUCUCUCGUGCUCUCUACAAGCAGACAAGAACUUUCGGCCAUUUUUUUUUUUUUUCUCGAGGUGUUUGUUGUUUUCACCAAAACAAGACGCUGUUCUCAGGUCGACGCUGAGAUGUCCCUCCCAGUCAACCUAAAGCUGGUUUGGAGGAGGGUAAAAUGAUCCCAGAUCAGUGUCUGUUUCGGUGUCAUGCCAUCCCCCCAUCGCGCUGCCUGCCUGCCUGCCUGCCUGCUAGGUGCGCGCCAGCCUCGCGAUAGCCUCGCCUACAAGAAUCAGAGCUCCGCUCGCGAACUGGAUGCUGACAGGCGCGCUGUGCGGUCAUCAUGCAAAGGUUACAUUGGAUCCGUUUCAGCGAGUGUCUAAAGAAGCCGCUCCUCCGCAGGACCCGCACGGUUCACAAAAUGCGAGACGUCUAGCGAGACAACAAAACAGAAAAAACCCCGCUCUAACUCACGGUCACUCGCCUGUUUGACUACAGCAGGUGUCAAACGAUGGACGCAAGUUUGGGAUUUCCGCGAACGGCAGUGUGUACGCUGGCUCCUCUCGGCGGUAAAGUGGCUUCAUGAGUGUCCAAAGUAACAGUGGAAGUGGUGGUGGAAGUUUGGAGGCGACGCCAUCUUGGUCGCAGCUCUCCUCGUCCCCAACGAUUUCUCAACAACAUAUAACGGCGACCGCAAAGAGCAAGGAAGGCCCCAUGGAGGAGCUGCACAGCCUGGACCCCAGGAGACAGGAGCUGCUGGAGGCCAGGUUCACAGGAGCUGUCAGUGGCAACACAGUAGGCAGCACUGGGAGCACCAGUGGAGGUGCUAAGGGUCUGGCCAAUGAGUCCUCUAACCACAGCUAUGGCAGUCUGGGCUCAUCAAGCGACAAGGAGUCAGAGAACUCUGAUUUGAAAAGAGGGAGCUCCCCUGCCUACUCAACCCCAGAGAAGAAACACUCUGAAUCAUCCAGAGGGAGAAAAAGGAAAGCCGACACCUAUUCAGAGAGUAGUCAAGGGAAGACCUCCACACGUGGGCCCAAGAUCAGCGACUACUUUGAUUUUCAGGGUGGAAAUGGUUCCAGUCCAGUCAGAGGCCUGCCAUCAGCUCGCCGCUCUCCACAGAACUCACACUCUGCCCCGGGCUCAAUCAUCCGACAGAAUAGCUCCUCUCCUACGAGUCUGUGUUUUGGGGAACACAAUCCCAAAGCCUCCUCCAGCAAGUGUGUCCAGACGGAGUUAACAGGCCUGAAACUUGCUGCUCUGGAGAGUAACAAGAGUCUGGACCUGGAGAAAAAAGAGGGACGAAUAGAUGACCUGCUCAGGGCUAACUGUGACCUGCGGAGACAGAUAGACGAACAGCAAAAACUCCUGGAAAAAUACAAGGAGAGGCUCAACAAAUGCAUCACCAUGAGCAAGAAACUGCUUAUAGAGAAGCUCUGCUUUGGUCCACAACUCCUGAGUCUUUGGAGCACUCAGGAGAAGCAGUCGUGUCGUGAGAAGAGCAUGCAGGAUCGUCUCCGUCUCGGCCACUUCACCACUGUCAGACACGGGGCGUCCUACACGGAGCAGUGGACCGACGGAUACGCAUUCCAAAACCUGAUCAAACAGCAGGAGGGCAUUAACCAGCAGAGGGAGGACAUAGAGCGGCAGAGGAAGCUGCUGGCCAAGAGGAAGCCACCAAACCCUGCGUCUCCCUCUCUCUCAGUGGCCUCCACCUCUGAACCCAAGCAACGCAAAACCAAGGUGGUCAACGGCAACGACUCUGACCCCUUCCUCAAGCCCUCCUUGCCCCAGCUACUGACCCUCGCUGAGUACCACGAGCAAGAAGAGAUCUUCAAGCUUCGCCUUGGACAUCUGAAAAAGGAGGAAGCAGAGAUCCAGGCCGAGCUGGAGCGGUUGGAGCGGGUGAGGAACCUCCAUAUCCGAGAGCUGAAGAGGAUAAACAACGAGGACAGCUCGGCGUUCAAAGACCAUCCCACCCUGAACGAGAGGUACCUGCUGCUGCACUUGCUGGGCAGGGGCGGCUUCAGUGAAGUCUAUAAGGCUUUUGACCUGUUUGAGCAGCGCUACGCAGCUGUUAAAAUCCACCAGCUCAACAAGAACUGGAGAGAGGAGAAAAAGGAGAACUACCACAAGCAUGCAUGCAGGGAGUACCGGAUACACAAGCAGCUGGACCAUCCCAGAAUAGUCAAACUUUAUGACUAUUUCUCCCUGGAUACCGACACGUUCUGUACUGUCCUGGAGUUCUGUGAAGGCAAUGACCUGGACUUCUACCUGAAGCAAAACAAGCUGAUGUCGGAGAAGGAGGCUCGCUCCAUCGUCAUGCAGAUCGUCAGCGCCCUGCGCUACCUCAACGAAAUCAAACCCCCCAUCAUCCACUACGACCUCAAACCCGGUAACAUCUUAUUGGUGGACGGCACUGCGUGUGGAGAAAUCAAAAUCACAGACUUUGGCCUCUCUAAGAUUAUGGAUGAUGAUAACUACGGCGUGGACGGGAUGGACCUCACAUCACAGGGAGCGGGCACUUACUGGUAUCUUCCUCCAGAGUGUUUUGUGGUGGGCAAGGAGCCGCCUAAAAUCUCCAACAAGGUGGACGUCUGGUCCGUGGGAGUGAUCUUUUUCCAGUGCCUCUACGGACGCAAGCCGUUUGGUCACAACCAGUCACAGCAGGAUAUUCUCCAGGAAAACACCAUCCUCAAAGCCACAGAGGUCCAGUUCCCCGCUAAACCACAGGCUAGCACAGAGGCCAAGGCGUUUAUCCGGCGCUGCCUGGCCUACCGUAAGGAGGACCGGUUCGACGUUCACCAACUGUGCUCGGACUCCUACCUCCUCCCUCACAUGAGACGUUCAAACUCCUCCGGCUCCCUGCAGCCCUCCGCCUCAUCUCUCCCUACCUACUGACUGGCUCUCUCACAUGACUGACAGGACCCUCUGGCCAAUCGAAAGGCAGGAAAUGGAAUUGGAGGAUAAUGGAUGUGGAUUUUUUUUUUUUUUUUUUUUUUUUUUUUUUUUACUUGAGCUGUUCCCAAAUGGAUGAGAUAGCAACAGAGCAGAAUGAAAUGGAAAAAAAGAUGAGAUGGAAGUGUGAAGAAGUGGAAGUGGGGGAGGGGGGGUGCUCCCCUUUGUGUCGUGCCCUUGAACUCAACUAUGUGAGAUAGAGGAAGGAACAAAACUGGAAAACAGAAGGGAGAGAGAGAGAGGGAGCAAGAAAUGAAAAUGAUUAAGCUAGUGGAUUCCUUUAAGGACUUUAUUAAAUAACCCUUUAGGAGACACUUCAACUGCUAUAGGGGCUCCUAGGUGCCCCGUCCAAGCCCACCUCUCUUAGCUCUACACCAUAAUACACCUCACAAGAUGGCUUCUUCACCAUAAAUCUGCUGUUCUCUCGUUGGGUGAACAGAAGUUUCUGAACGUCAUAUAUGGACUACCUAUUAACUCUGCAAUCCAUAUUUAUGAGGCACAAUAUGAUGGUUACAUCUCAUUGAAUUUACCCUCGUAGUCCCUCUGCACACGACUUAAAAAAUGUUGUUGUAACCUUGAUGAGAGGGAAAAAAAAAAAAAAAAGAAGGAGAAGAAAAAAUGUUCCAGAUGAAAUUUCUGGGGUCAAUUUGCACUUCCAGUCCAGAUCAGCGGUGAUCUGGUGUCACACAUUUGGCAUGAAGAAGUACUACAGCGUGGGCUAGAUCUGAUCAGUAGCCAAGUCCUCGGUUCACUUUUCUUUUCUUUUCUUUUUUUUCGUUUUGUUUUCGUUGCAAAAGCAAUUCAGUUCUACCGCCGGAUUUACAGGAAGGGGAUCUGUGAAUCCGUCUUAAUCCAUUUUUAGUUGUUCAGAUAAGAGUGGAAAUGUUUCCAGCGGCAGAGUAUCACAGUACCACGUUGUCAUAGACGUCCUCGUCAAGCUGCCUGAAGAGAGUUGGACUGGAUCAAACUGUUACUGUUACUGUACUGCAAAGACUCAGAGUUUAGUGUACAUUUCAUGUGCAGGAGACAUUAUUCACUAGCAAAUACAUAAUAAUGAGGCUUUAUCCUUGCUUCCCAGUGUCUCACUUUGCUCCAUUUCUUUUGUGUUUCCUCCCGAAAGCUGUUCUCAGUUUGCUGCUAUAAAUGUUGCUUUUUAGUUUGUAACGUGUGAAUGGUUUCCGCCUGGCAUAUGUGCAUACUUGAACUGUGUUAAGAGGAACACUCUACAGAGCGAGUCCCUUUAUUCAUACGGACACCCGCUGUGCUGUUUGUGGGGGGGUGGUGGUGGUGGCGCCACCACCAUCAUCAGUGUCCACAUGGGUUUUUGUUUACUUUUCGUUUGCAAGUCCAAAAGACUUUAUAUGGAGCCCAGCAGGCUGCGCAGAGAGGAACGGUCACACCUGUUCAUGCCAGUAGAAGUGGGCGGCGUGCUCCAGGUUGGCUGUGUUGCAGCAUGAUCUACUGCAACUAGGAAAUCUAGAAAGUGGAUAUAUCCAAAAAAAAUGUUGUCGUCCUGUAAAUAAAACACUUACCUGUACGUUGUUGUGACAUUUUAAACCCCCCCCCCUCACUCCAUCCCUCUCUCAAAUGAAUGCAAGGCAACCUGGACUCAGCCCAAAGCACGCCCGCGGAGCAUUAGUCAGGAGAGUUGUGGGCGUCUCAUCUUCUCUCCUGGCUUUUUCAAAAAUAAGUCUUAAUUGAUUUUGUGUGCACGAGCCACGUCUAAUGAACAAAAAGCUGUAGUUUGAUUAACACGGCAGGCACAUUAAACUGCAGGAACUACCAGCUCACGGCUUGCUGCUCCCAAAUGAAAGCAAGUGAUGAAGUGCAGUGAAACAGGUAAAGUCUGUGUCCACUUUGAUAAAUUGUAAUUUGAUCCACUCGAGUGCAGUAAGCCAUAAAACAACCCCCCCCCCCACCACCACCACCUCCCAAUGUAGUAGUGUUUUCUUCCUCUCUCUCCUCUACUUGACAAAACAACAACAGUAGGAAAUGGGUGCUGGCAUCAAGUGCAUAUACCACAUGAUCAAUGCCAACCAAUGUGCAGACAGAUGUAAGUACAGCCAUUAGUAAGCUACAUGUCACAUUAGGAGUGGGAGUGCAGCGCUAGGCCGUGUCAUUCAUAUGCAAUAAAGAUUGCCUUACGAGUCUUAAUUCCUGCAGUGUGACCCGUAUUUCCUGUGGAGGGUUAUGCAAGGCUACGACAAGUGUGUUACACAAGAUGGAGGGCAGAUGAAGGCUUCACACUGGAGCUGGAUUCUGAAAAAUGAUUUGAAGGAUUUAUAAUUGAGCCAGCAGGCAAAAGAAGUCUAUGACCUCUGAUUGAAUGGAACUAAAGCAUCUGAUUACAACUAAUAAUUGCAUAUCUAAUUAUGAAUCACGGUGGGAUACAUGAGUUUAAAUGCCACUGAAUUUAAAGUGGUAAAGUGUUUGACUUGACUUGUCUGAAUUUAUGUGAGCUUCAGUAUUUCCAGAUAUUUUCAAGACGUUUUGAUAUGACAGAAUAUUAAAGUAUGAACAUGAAGGCUAGCAUGCAUCCUACCAGAUUCAGCUAUAAAUUCAGGGGUAUUUAAAUGUCUAUAUUAAGUAAUCAGUCAUGAUUAAAUUCAGUUACUCGUGAUCAAAUUAUUAUGGCUAUUAUCUGGUUCAUGGGUAAUGUCAUGCUUUACCACAGAGAGUGGUAGCAGACAAGUUUAGUCCAUUUUUCCGCCUGGAUUUUUCCAGGUGUCUGAAACCUUUUAUCAGCUCUUACAGGUGUUUCCACUUGUUACAUGACAUUUGUCCUUUUUUUUUCUUUUUUAACUUUUAUUCACUUUGUCCACUUUACACCUGAUUUUUCCAAGGGUACAUUUUCCCCGUUUUUUCUCUAAAUGUUUUGCAGUUCCUGCUUCAUUCAUGUUUUUUGGUCAGUAUUUUUUUUCCCCCAUUCAUCACCUGGAAUUUGCAGGUGAUCAGUGUAACCUGCAGUCAUCCUCUCAGACAUUUGAGCAGGUGAAUACGACCUUUUUGCUUUUUCAUAGAACUUCCCUGUGCUCUCAUUCCUCUCCUAUAAUAACGAUCUACUUGUUUUGUUUCCAUUUGUGCAGAGGGACUCAGACUUAAAAAAAAAAAAAAAAAGUACCAGAACAAACUGUAUAAAGACAGAAGCAUCAUGUAAAAUUAAUUUGGCUUUAUUGCUCGCACUGUGCAUAUUGUUGAUGUUUUCGGAAACUUCUGGUACAGUGGCACCUUGUGGUUGUACUGCAUCACUGCAACUCUUCCUACAGAUUCACUUCGGCCAUGCCAGGAGGAGAACGUAUGUUGUAUUUAAUAAUCCUGCACCCAUAAUUCACCCUACCAACUAAAUCACCCAACAGCAAGCACAUACACUCUACUCAGUAGCUCAUGUAACCAGUCCCCUCCGGCAUGGCCCUCUGCUGCCGACUCUGUGUUGUAGAGACGGGCACUGUCGAGUUCUGGAUACACAUGGAGACAUACAAACAAA